AUAAGCCCUGCUAUUGUCUUACUGCUACGGCAGGGCUGAGGAUUGCAGUAUCCGCUGUUGCUGCUGCUCCCAGUCCUGCCCCUGUUCCUACCUAGCCCUGCCUCACCGCAUCCCAGAAGAGCCACGUCGGCUUUCCUUUGCCUGGUGGAUUUUCAAAAGCUGCCUUUCGGUUUUGGGUGCUGUAGGAGACCAUGCUUUUCAAUCACACGGGAGAAAACUGAAAACUGAAUCCUGAAUCUGGCAGCUGGACACAGCUCGGACUGCAUUGUCUGGCUUCAUGACCCCUGCUGUGUAGCCAGCUCAUCUCUCCACUCACAACCACACUCUCCUUGAUUUUCUUCCUUCCUUUUUUUUCCCCCUCAUUCUUCUAAUUUUUUAAAAAGCAGCUUCUGGAGCCAGCCAUGUUUGGCACUGAAUCUUCAUUGAGCAUGUUUUUGAACACAUUAACACCGAAGUUCUACGUGGCCCUGACUGGUACUUCUUCACUAAUAUCAGGGCUUAUUUUGAUAUUUGAAUGGUGGUAUUUUCGCAAAUACGGAACAUCGUUCAUUGAACAAGUCUCAGUAAGCCACUUGCGCCCCCUUCUGGGAGGGGUUGACAACAACUCCUCCAACAAUUCUAACUCCAGCAAUGGGGACUCAGAUUCCAACAGGCAGAGUGUCUCAGAAUGCAAAGUAUGGAGAAAUCCACUAAAUUUAUUUAGGGGUGCUGAAUAUAAUCGGUACACCUGGGUAACAGGACGAGAGCCUCUGACUUACUAUGACAUGAAUCUUUCUGCGCAAGACCAUCAGACGUUCUUUACUUGUGACUCGGACCAUCUGCGUCCUGCAGAUGCAAUAAUGCAGAAAGCCUGGAGAGAGAGAAACCCCCAAGCUAGGAUUUCUGCAGCCCAUGAAGCCUUGGAGAUAAAUGAAAUUAGGUCCAGAGUUGAAGUUCCCCUAAUUGCUUCCUCUACCAUCUGGGAGAUAAAAUUGUUACCAAAGUGUGCAACUGCUUAUAUUCUCUUGGCUGAAGAGGAAGCAACAACCAUUGCUGAAGCAGAAAAACUGUUUAAGCAGGCCCUGAAGGCUGGAGAUGGCUGUUACCGGCGUUCUCAGCAGCUACAGCAUCAUGGAUCCCAGUAUGAAGCCCAACAUAGACGAGACACCAACGUUUUGGUCUACAUCAAAAGAAGGCUAGCGAUGUGUGCCAGAAGGCUCGGGAGGACCAGGGAAGCAGUGAAAAUGAUGCGAGAUUUAAUGAAGGAGUUCCCUCUUCUGAGCAUGUUCAACAUCCAUGAAAAUCUUUUAGAAGCCCUUCUGGAACUUCAAGCAUAUGCUGACGUUCAGGCAGUCUUAGCAAAAUAUGACGAUAUAAGCUUACCAAAGUCGGCAACAAUAUGCUACACAGCUGCCUUGCUCAAGGCAAGAGCUGUCUCUGACAAAUUCUCUCCCGAGGCUGCAUCUCGGCGGGGGCUGAGCACAGCAGAGAUGAAUGCAGUAGAGGCUAUUCACAGAGCUGUGGAAUUUAAUCCUCACGUGCCAAAAUACCUACUAGAAAUGAAAAGUUUAAUCCUGCCCCCAGAACAUAUCCUGAAGAGAGGAGACAGUGAAGCAAUAGCAUAUGCAUUCUUUCAUCUCGCCCACUGGAAGAGGGUGGAAGGGGCUUUGAAUCUUUUGCAUUGUACGUGGGAAGGCACUUUUCGGAUGAUCCCUUAUCCCUUGGAGAAGGGGCACCUAUUCUAUCCAUACCCAAUCUGCACAGAAACAGCAGACCGGGAGCUGCUACCCUCUUUCCAUGAAGUCUCAGUUUACCCGAAGAAGGAGCUUCCCUUCUUUAUUCUCUUCACUGCUGGAUUGUGCUCCUUUACAGCCAUGCUGGCCCUCCUGACACACCAGUUCCCGGAACUCAUGGGGGUCUUUGCAAAAGCUUUCCUCAGCACUUUGUUUGCCCCCCUAAACUUUGUCAUGGAGAAAGUGGAAAGCAUCCUCCCAUCCAGUCUGUGGCACCAGCUGACGCGGAUCUGAGGGGAACCACCAUCCUUCAGCCUCCUCGCCCAGCUAGCUGCCACUGGCUCUUCUGUGCCAACUCCUCGUGGACCGCAAGAAAGCAUGACUUUGAAAAGGGAAGCCAUUCCGAGAUUUUAAAAUGUUCAUGGACUGUCUGUUCCAUAUUAAAAGCUGUUUUUGUUGUACAAAAUCCAUUGAUGUUCAGUUCUAUUUUAUUUUGCCUCCAGAAAAGAAGAAAACAGUAAAAAAUAAACUUUUGUGUAUUGCAGCAA